UGGAGAAGUGCACAUAGGAACAGGAUAAAUAUGGCUUUUAAGGGCGAGGAUCACUUAGAUUCCCUUUCCUUACCAGUUCAGCGGAAACCUUGCUUCAGAUCCAAAAAGGCAAUAAGGAGACUACACAUAGCAAGAAGAAAAUGGGCCUCAAUCGAUCAUGAAAUGCAAUUACACAAUAUUCAGAGCUGAGUGAAAUAAAGACCUUAAAUAGCAGUAGCCUGUAAAGUUCAAAAUUAAAAGUAGUUUCAUCGUAUAUUGUGAAAAGGGAGAUUGGAUCAAUGAAACUGAUCUCUUGUAUCUUGUUUGCUGUCAGUUUACAUGAAAUGAUACUUGAGCAUGCACCUAAUCCAGGUGGACUCUGUUCAGCGAUGGAUGGAAGACUUGAAGCUGAUGACAGACUGCGAAUGUAUGUGCAUUCUCCAGUCCAAGCCCAUCAGCAUUGAGAAGGAUGAACAAAAUGAACUCAUUCUCUCCUCACAGUACAGCACUUGUGAUAACUUGCAGCUCUUGCUAAAGAGAGCUUGGAUCAUCAGCACUGAGUUGACCAGGAUUACUCAGAAGCUGGAGAAGAACAGGUGGCAGAGGGUCCACAGCAUGACAGUGAGAGUCAACUGCCAUGUACAUUCCAUGAUAAAUGAGUACAACACCUUCACCAGGAGUUCUUCAGAAGAAAUGCACCAGCUUGAAAAACUCUUAAUAGACAAGUGUUCAGAAUUUACAGCAUUCACAGAAAGGUGCUUACAGACUGAAGAUGAAGAGAUACUGAAGUCCAUGAAAUCUUGUGUUAACGAAACACUCACAACCGUGGCCCAAUAUUUUGGCCAAUUGAUAGAGCUGGUUUUAACACAAGAAGCACAGAACCUGCUGAGGCAGAUAGAGCUCUCAGGCAGUCUGUAUGUCACAGAGUCGGCCAUCGGCAGUUUAUUCAGCCUUGCCCAGGAAGGAGCUCACCUCUGCCGCAUCAUAGCCAAGGAAGGAGGUGUUGUUGCUCUCUUUAAGAUCUGUCGCCAGGAUUGUUUCAGGUGCCUUUAUCCCCAGACCCUGAGAACCCUGGCAUCAAUUUGCUGUGUAGAGGAAGGGAUGCACCAGCUGGAGAAGGUUGAUGGGAUACUGUGCCUGGCUGACAUCCUCACUGAUACCAGCCAUUCUGAAGCUACUCAUGCAGAAGCAGCAGCAGUAAUUGCCCAGAUCACAUCUCCACAUCUCACGUUCACUCAGCAUCUCAGCAGCUUUCUGGAAAAUAUGGAAGAAAUCGUGACAGCACUUGUCAAGCUGUGCCAAGAAGCCUCAUCAGGUGAAGUCUUCCUGCUGGCUUCAGCAGCUCUUGCCAAUAUUACUUUCUUUGAUACCAUGGCUUGUGAAAUAUUGCUCCAGUUAAAUGCAAUGAAGAUUCUCCUAGAAGCGUGCUCAGACAAACGCAUAGUGGAUACUCCGUUUUCCCGGGAUCAGGUGGUAACAAUAUUGGCAAACAUGUCUGUGUUCGACCAGUGUGCUUCAGAAAUCAUUCAAGGAAAUGGUGUUCAGCUUUUAAUGGAGAUGCUCUUUGAGAAAUCCUCCUCUGGAAAUCCAGCAGAAGCUGCAGCUUGUGAGCGAGUCCAGCAGAAAUCUGCAGUUACCCUGGCACGGCUCAGCCGAGAUCCCGAGGUGGCAGAUGCAGCUGUAAAACUCAGCUGUAUUCCUCGCCUGAUUAAACUUUGCAGAUCACCAACAGAAAGAAAUAACAGUGAUUCUGUUUUAGUGGCAUGUCUGACAAUACAGUGCCCAGCAAGGAGUGGGCACCAGAAGCUUAAGACUGUCUCUGCUCAGGAGAAAGGUACCAUCUCCUGGCCCUGCACUGCAUGGACUGUGAACCAAAUGCCAGAGCUGAAUGAUUUCACUGAGCUUUCUGUGAAAGGGCUCUGUGGACAUGGGUGAUCUAGGGUUGGAGCAUAAGCUCUGAUGAAUGACAACUGAAGAAUACUGUUUGACAGUGCUUUAUGAUAUUAAUGUUAUUUUAAAUGUAAAAGUAUUGCUCAGUUAUUGCAGCCUGGUUAUUAAGCGGGUCUCAUUCAGGAUGAAGAAACUAUAAAUGUGAGCAUAGAAAAUGCUGUGAUUAUUCUUCCUACAUGCCAAGAAGACUUGUUAACCUUGUGUGGUUGGAGGAUAGACCACAGAGCGAUGGCAGCAAACCAGAGUAUGAUUUUUGUCUCACUGAAGUUGUUGCUGCACAUUCCUUGAAUCCAUGCCUAUUGGUUGAGAUGUUAUCUACCUCCCUGUCUUAGAAAUUUGGCUUUUCCUGAUAUUUUAGUAACUACCUGAAGAUGUUUUCUGAUAAAAAUGUGGCAAAAAUAUUGUCCUUGAGACAUAAACUGCUUCAAGCUUUCAUAGGUAUUGUCACUGGUGUCUGAGGGCUUGCGCUGUACUUACACCUGCUGCUCAGGUCGAAAAGUAAAGUGCCCCAAAAUAAUUGCCAUUGAAUAACUUUGCAUGACAGAAGAUUCAUCUGACAGAUGAAGACAGUGAGGAGAGAUUACCCAGGUAGCAGAACCCAUAGACCUGCAGAGUUCAGUUUUGUUAUUUAGGUAUGGUUAUUAUGGAUUCCUGAAUGAAGACUUUGCCAAACCUGACUGCAUUGCAAGGAUGCUGUUUUGUUUUUCUAGGCAGCCUUGAGGAGACUGGCAGUUAUGAGUCCUGAUGGGCUGGAAGAUUCAGAUUU